UAUUAUGAUGACGUGCUAAGCCUAAAUACACAAACAUUAUUAACGUAUACUCCGGUACUCCACGCUGUUGUGUAUUGUUUUCGGACUUCUGACCAACAUGGCCGAACAAACUACCAACAGUCUAAAGAAAGUUCUCAUAGCGAUGGACGGCAGUGAAAAUGCUGAGUAUGCUUUUAAUUGGUAUAUUGACGUCUGUCACAAGGGAGGUAACUACGUCAUCCUUUGCCACGUAGGUGACUACAAGGGCCUCGUCCACACACCUGUGAUGUCCCUAGACGCAAACCUUGUACAGAGGAUGAUCUCAGAGGAGGAGAACAGAAUCAAGCUACUAAUGGCGAAGUUUUCGGAGAUGCUCAAACGGGCUAUGGUGGACGGAAAGGUAAUCCGGGCUACAGGGGAACCAGGGGAGGCAGUCGUACGCACGGCCAAGGAACAGGAUGUGGACUACAUCGUCACCGGAAGUCGUGGUCUGGGCACAAUUCGACGGACAUUCCUGGGGAGCACCAGUGAUUACAUACUGCACCAUUCCCAUAUCCCAGUGACGAUCGUACAGGUCCCAAGUGACAAAAAGUGACAUCAGUGAAACAGGGCGUCAAUUCCCCCCGACUUUGGUUUUUAUACAUGUAACGGCAGCGUGUACGAGUGGUGCUUAAUUUUAGUGGAGUGUUAACAUUGUAUGAAAGUGAAUGAAAUAUGCAUUAAACAUUGAAAUAUUUACGUUGAUUAUAUGUUCUUUUAAAGAAGAGAACACACUUAUCCGUGUGUAUUUUAAUGAAAAUAUGUUCAGCCAGUGUGUAAUAGUACUGGGUUUCGUGACGAUAAAUUCAUUCGGAAACCUUUUCCAAAAUGUUCUAGCUGUUGGUUGUGUAGUAACAUAUAUUUCUACGGUUAAAUCAUUAUUAUUGAAGAAGAAAGAUAUAUAUGGAAGAAAACAUAACGUUAUAUAUACGAUUUGUUAGAUUUGGUGUGAAUGCCGACAAACAGCAUUCCAGGAAACCUUGUAACCUUCCAUUAUAGCUGACUUAGAGACACGUGCAACAAUUUAAGCUAAUUGAAUUUGUCAUCAUGUUUCUUAAAUAAUUAAACGACAUGAAUAU